CCUGCGCAGUGGCGGCGUGGCGGCCCUGGCUGUUGUUAUUGUGGUGCAGGUCUGCGCCGCGCGAAGAUGGCGGCCGGGCAGGGGGGCGGUGGCGGUAGCAGCAGCGGCAGCAACGGCAACGGAAAUGGAGUGGGGGGGCUGGGGAUCCCCGGUCACCUCACUCUCUCUUUCUCGGCUGGGCCGCACUGGGGCGCGGCGACUUUGCCGCAGCCGCAUACGGUACGCAGCCUGGACCGGGCCCUGGAGGAGGCGGGCAGCUCGGGCAUCCUCUGCCUCAGCGGGAGGAAGCUGCGCGACUUCCCCGGCAGUGGCUACGACCUCAGCGACACCACGCAAGCAGAUCUUUCGAAGAACAGAUUUACUGAAAUUCCUCCUGAUGUCUGGCUGUUUGCACCACUGGAAACUUUAAAUUUGUAUCACAACUGCAUCAAAUCAAUUCCAGAAUCUAUUAAAAACCUGCAAAUGCUUACCUACCUUAACAUUAGUCGAAAUCUUUUGUCAACGUUGCCAAAAUACCUGUUUGAUCUUCCACUUAAAGUUCUAGUUGUCAGUAAUAAUAAGCUGGUCUCCAUUCCAGAAGAAAUUGGAAAGUUGAGAGAUCUAAUGGAGUUGGAUAUUAGCUGCAAUGAACUUCAGGUUCUUCCCCAGCAGAUAGGAAAAUUGCAGUCACUUAGAGAAUUAAACAUAAGAAGAAAUAAUCUCCAUAUGUUGCCAGAUGAAUUAGGAGACCUUCCCUUGGUAAAGCUGGAUUUUUCUUGUAAUAAAAUUACGGAAAUUCCAAUUUGUUACAGAAAGUUACGUCACUUACAAGUUAUAGUUUUGGAUAACAAUCCAAUGCAGAUACCACCAGCACAGAUAUGCUUAAAGGGUAAAGUACAUAUAUUUAAAUUCCUCAGCAUUCAGGCAUGCCUCAGAAUAGAUAAAAAACCAGAUUCUUUGGAUCUUCCGUCAUUAGGUAAACGAAUCCCCUCCCAGCCGCUCACAGACAGCAUGGAGGACUUUUAUCCCAAUAAAAACCAUGGACCAGACUCUGGCAUCGGAAGUGAUAAUGGUGAUAAAAGGUUGUCCACAACAGAACCAUCUGAUGAUGAUACAAUCAGCCUUCACUCCCAGAUAUCAGAAUCAACGAGGGAACAGACAUUAAGGAAUGACAAUCACGUAAUGGGAAGUAAACUCGAUCCACAGAGAGACCAGGAGGUGUAUGAUUAUAUUGAUCCGAAUGCAGAAGAGGGAGCUGUUCCUGAGCAAGGAGAUGUACAGAUUGGACCAUUGCUGUCUUACAUCAAGGAACGUGGAAAACGUCCUGAGAAAUCUCAGAAAAUAGAACAGAAUGACGACUGGGGAGAUGAAAAAAGACUUCAGAAAGAACAGCUUCUGGCUGAAGAUGAUGAUGAACUCAAAGAAGUGACUGACUUGAGAAAAAUAGCAGCUCAGUUACUGCAGCAAGAACAAAAACACAGACGAAGGCCAUUAAGCUAUAGAACUUCAUUCAGUGAAAAACUCUUCCAGAGGACAAGGGCGGCAGGACGUGCAUCAAGGCUUCUUAAUCAUUCAGUUUCAGUAAGCACAAGGAACAGGCCAAAGCAGCCAAUGGAAUCUGAAAAAUGUGUCUCAACAGAUGAAGUGAAUUCCCCAGUGUCCCCAUACAGCUGGCAGCCACUGGAAAACCAGAAGGAUUCAAUGGAUGAGCAGCAUUGGCCAGAAACACAGCCAGUGAUUUGGCAGAAUGAAGAAAGAAGGAGAAGUAAACAAAUUAGAAAAGAGUAUUUCAAGUAUAAGUCUUCCAGAAAGAGUUCAAGUGGAAAUGAAAAUGAUGAGCAAGACAGUGAUAAUACUAAUGUGUCCCCACAGUCUCCUGUGUCGUCUGAGGAUUAUGAAAGGACAGAUAGUAACACUCAUGGUCCAUUUGGUCUCAAACCAAGGUCAGCUUUCAGCCGUGCAUCUCGCCAGGACUAUGGUGCAGUGGAUCCUGGAUUUACAAUGAGGAGGAAAAUGGAGCAUUUAAGGGAAGAAAGGGAACAAAUAAGACAGCUUCGCAAUAAUCUUGAAUCAAGGUUAAAAGUAAUUUUACCAGACGACAUUGGAGCAGCAUUGAUGGAUGGAGUAGUUCUUUGCCAUUUAGCCAAUCACAUAAGACCACGUUCUGUUGCCAGCAUUCACGUACCAUCGCCAGCAGUGCCUAAACUCAGUAUGGCAAAGUGCCGAAGAAAUGUUGAAAACUUUCUUGAUGCUUGUAAAAAACUGGGCGUUCCACAGGAGAGACUUUGCUUGCCUCAUCACAUUCUGGAGGAAAGGGGUCUGGUGAAGGUUGGCCUCACAGUUCAAGCUCUGCUUGAAUUGCCAGUGUUGAAAGUAUCUCAGCUUUCCUCCAUGUGACACGACUUCUUGGAAACUAGACGACUUACCAUUCGAUCUGUUGAUUUGGAUUGCUCUGAGGCAGUUCUGCUUCCUACACAGGAACAUCCAAGCCAUCAAAAACUAGUAUCUGUCUAGAUGCUGUAGAGAGCCUUACUUUGGAGUUGUAUGUGAAAACCUUGAAGUCAGCUGACAGUUAAAAGAACAUUUUUUUUUUUUGUAAUUGAAUGCACAAAGAGAUUGUGGUAGCAUCAGGUUCUCUUUCCAGUUAAUUUAAGUUAAAAGCUGCCAUUUAACAUCUCACAGUGUUACAGGUAAAUGUUGGGUUUCUUUUUCUACAUUGAAAAUGUUGUUUGAAUUAUUUUGAAAUAUAAAGCACGCGCCCCCCCCUUCAGUCUUUCAAGUCAAUCAUUUGAUUUAAAGGUAAGAAAAAAAUGUAGCGAUGGUAUGAUGGUAAAAAUGCGAGCGACUGAUCACUUGUAAUCCACUUUCACUCUCUCAGAAAGCUUAAUAUUUGCGUUCUUUAUUUUUUGCACUCCUGAUUGUAACUUACACACUUCUAACAUUGCCAGUAUUUAGUCUGAGUGUAUGGUGAUUAUACAAAACAGUAUACAGUGGGAAAAGGACACAUUUUACUGAGUUUUUUCCAGUCUUCUAGGUUGGCGCCAAAUAUUUUUCAGUUGUACUGUAGAUUGUUUACAUGUGAAGUGCCUGUGUAAUUGAUAACUCUUAAUAGUCUUAAACAUUUUUGAAAUUUCUUUGUUUAAAAUAGAUAAAAUGGAAAUUUUUAAAUAUUUUAAUAGUUUUUUGUAAAAUCAGUACGUGAAGAUUUAAGUAAUACUUCACAUUUUUGAUGUUGGGUGUUUUAAGUUUGUUGCACAAUUUAAUUGGUUAUUUUGUUGUCUAAUAAUUAGAAAAUGCUGUAAAUACUUUUUAUUUAUGAUAUUUAAUUUGAUAAUACCUAAUCACUUUUGGUUUAAUGUAUUGUUGGACAAAAAAAAGUUGUCUACUUUUCUUUGUUUGGGACAAACAAAUAUACACGGUGAGUAAAGACAUGAGGACUAGUGAUGCAUACAGAGUAAUUUAGGACAUUUUGAUAAAACUGCCAAAAUCUCAGGUUUACGCUGUGACUUUCAGGAUUUUGUGUAAUCUUUCAGGAUUUUGUGUAAUAUUGCUCCUGAUCUCACAUUACAUUUUUACAACAGGUAUAUCCAUAAUUUAGUUGAGAAAUAUCAGUGUUUAUCUUUUUAGUGUUUAUGGAAUUUAUUGUGUAACUUACACAAGUGUGGCAUAGCACACAAAUCAGUUUGUACAAAUGUCACUGUGCUGAGACAUUAGACUUCUCUUCAUAAAUGUGAAAAAGAAAAAUUUCCACUGUGGUGGUUUUUUGAAACUUCUGAGUUUAUGUAUUUGUUUGCUUCUGCACAAAUUCUCGGUCUUUUGAGAACAUUCUGAAACCAUACACAGUUGAGUUCUUCUCCAAACAAGUUGCAAAUAAUUUUAGUAAUAAAUCUGUUUGCAUUAGUUUGUUCUUCAUGAAUAGGUAGCUUAAUUAAAAAAAAAAAAAGUUCUGACUGUCACAGAUUAUUCUACUUCAGGCUAAGUUAAUUUCAAUUGAAGGAUGUUUGCCAAGUGUGUAACAAGAUUUGAUUCUGUUCUUCCCAAUUGAUCAAGACCCCAUGUAAUAUAAUUCAUAAAAGAAUGAGGGAGGGGCAUCAUUUGCUCCUUACUUCGUUUGCAAUAGUCCUUAAAAUCAAUAGCUGAGAGGAAAAAUAACCUUUUUCUGAUUACAAGAUUUUAAAAGGUACAUUAUUUUUAAAUCCCUUGAAAUAAGCUGAUUCAUGUGUAAUAGUUAAAAAUCACUAUUAACACAGCUCAUGAAGAGGCUGGUGUAAAACUUAAUUUGCAAAGUCCUAGAUAUAACUCUUAAGUUACAUAAAUACUUGUUUAGGAACACUAGAUUGCUGUGACCUUUCAAAUAUGGUAUUUCAAAUCUCUCUCUUUUUUAAAUCAUUCACAUAAUACUCAAUUUUAACUUCAAUCUCUGUUUUUCAUUAAAGGCAGUAUCUCAAAAGUCAUGCUAAGACUAAAAAAGUAAUAUAAUUCAUGAAGCAAAAUGCUUAUUGUCUGCUACAUCUGAAGAACACAACCAUUCAAAAAGAAUGUCAUUGUCUUUCAAUUCCUUGCUAUGGUAUUUGACAACAACGAAGUUCUGUUUCAGUAUGUUAGCUAUAGAAUUGCACACUGUAAACUGUCACUUUCAGUUAUCUGGCUUAAACUCAUCUACACUACUAUUUCAUUAUCAUAUUUAAAUAUGUUUUCUGAUCUUAAGAUAACUUUUUUCCUACUAGAACUAAACUUACAAAGUUACAUCACAGGGUAAACAUUAAGAAUUCCUGUGAUGUAGUAUGCCAGAUGCUUACAAUUUUUUUAAGCUUAGCUUAUUUCAUAAGUAACUUGAAAACUGGAUGUGAAAUUAAUGUACUUAUUUUAAACUGUAUCUCUGAAGUUGAAAACUACUAAAAUAACUUUUUUUUUUAGUGCUCUGGAGUUCUUCCCCACAAACUUGCUAGAAACAGUUGUGCUUUUCCAUUCAUUGGAAAUUACUAUGGCCUUCUUCAUGCUUAUGGGGAAUGAUAAUCAUGAUUCUUCCAGGGCUUCCUUUUUAGCAUUGCAAAGAUUCAGACCUUCAUGUAUCCUUAGGUCCACUGUGCCUGGAUUAAUCUUUUCUCAUCUUUCUUUAGCUGCUUUUACAAAUAAUAAUAAUCUAAAGCCUUGCUAAAAUUGGCUGUUCCCAUUGUGAUUUUUUUAGGAGCAACUGCAAAAAAGAUGCUAAAAAAGUUUUGAAAUUUAAGUUUUCAUUUUAUAGGAGCCUGUGGAAAUUGUUGCUGUCUUCCUUGUACAAGGAUUUGCCUACUCUCCCCUUUUUCCCUUUUCAUUUGAUUCCCAGCAUCAUCUUAGUUAUUUUUGUUUCUUCACAGAUCUAGUGACUUCCCAUUUUCAUUAUGGCAUGCCGCUUUCCUCCUUCCUAUUUACUUUUUAAAAACAAAUUGCUCCAGUGGCAUUGGUGAAUUACUGUGAUUCCAGAAUCCUUGCUACCAACAUCUAUUAUGUUGGAGAUACCCUUUUCCUAUUUUGUUUAUGAUGCGAUGUCAUCACUUGAUACUUGGUAUAGCUGAUAGGAUGGUUAAAAACAGAGGCCUGCAGAAUUCCUAUUAUGGCCACUCAGUUUUUACUUUGGAUGUGAAGAAAAGUUAGCGUUAAAAGCUUUAGUUUUUCUAAUAAAUUUGAGUUAACUAGGGUGCUUUUGUUAUUGUGAAUGCUGUAUAAAGUUACUGCGUUAAUGUGGUACGAACUGUAAAUCAGAGUUGCAUCAACAUACUGACAGGGCUUCUGGCCUUGUUUAUUUUUUCUGGUUUUUAUGUCAUUGGAUGCAGUAUGUCGCACACGAAUGAUCUUUCGUUUAAGCAAUAAUGUCCCAGAUCUUGUGAGAUCUUAAAGUAGUGGCAUUAAAGUAAUUGUUGUAAAGUGUGACUUCCCACACAGUAUCUCAGAAAUGCUUCACUUCCAUUAUAUAAUACUGCUAAUCCAUUGUGCUAGCUGGGGCACUGCUGGGCAUGCAGAAAAGCAUCUAUACCCCUGUAUCGAGAGGCCUUCCAGAAUAUGACCAGGAACUGAAAUUAUCAUAAAAUAUGGAGGAAUACAUUUGAAACAAAUGUGACAUCAUAAGAAUUUCUGGGUAAAAUCUGAUCUUAACUGAAGUCAAUGCAAGUUUUGCUCUUGACUUCAGUAAAGAUUUCACCUUUUUAUUUCAUGGAACACCUGACCAUAGCAACUAUGGCUUAAAGUUGUUUGACACUAGCAAAGCUUUACUGUCAAAUUCUUGAGUAAAAAUAGCGAUCUCUGGUAAGUCAAAGGAAGCUGUAAAAUAUUACACUGAUUCCUUUAUUUAAUACAAAUUUUCUGAUAUGUCAUAGGAAAAAUUACUCUGAAGCACAGCUUUCAUACUAUGGGAGGGUAUGUCACCUCAAUAAAAUUACAGGUUAAGGACUACCAUCAGUUACAUACUGCGCUAGAAACUUUAUUACAGAUAUCUUACUGUUUAGUUGCAGUCUUCUCAGAUUUUGACAUAAAUCUGUAGCCAAAUUGAAACAAAAAAUGAAAAGGCAUCUAUUUUCACUAAAACUGAAUUUCCAUGUGUCUUCUCAGUAUUGAAGAGAAGGACAAAGGUCUGGCACUUCUUCCUUCUGCUGAUUUCUUAAAUGCUUGUAUGAAAGGUAGCUGUUGUCUAUAAUACAGCUGCAGUCUGCCAGUUUGUCUGUAUACCAAUGCAGAGGUAAAGCACGUUAAUAAUUCAGCUGAUUUCAACUGAAAGAAACUUGUGGGAGUUUUUAGCACUUUCUGCAGAUAGAUGAUCUUGCAUUGGUAAAUCAAAUUUCUCUUUCAAGAGGUUUGUCAAAUAAACAGUGACCUCUACUUGAAAAACAAAAGCAAAUAAACGAAAUAGCACCCCAACACACACAAAACUGGUGAAAUGUGUCCUGUUUACAGGUGACUGUCUUUAGAAUUUAAAAAAAGUGAAUGAGAAAGGCAAAGUUCAAGGAGAGGGUGCUCUGAGUUGAUUUCACGUUGAAUCACUUCACAAUGAAAAGCCUUUAGAUUUAGUAGAGAAAGAAAUAGAUAUUUUGUAGCCGCUUCAUGCUGAGGGAGGCAGAUCCUUAUGUACAUGGCGCUUUCCAUAGAGGUUAUAAUAACAAAUUUGGCAUCUUUGUUUUCUCAAAGGCUGUCUGUUUUGCAUAGCUUUAUCCCAGUGCUGCAGAAAGCAUUGCUGAGUGUGUAGAGAACAUUGCCCAUUCCAAGCCCUGGGUAGGGUACCUGGCUGGUGCCGCUUGCACUGCCCUCUGGCUUGGUAAUGAGACUGGCUUGUGCGGUACAACUUUAGAAGGACACACCUCCUUGCUUCAUGCUGCUGCUGCCUCCUGCAUAGGCUGCAGAAUUCUUUUAAAUAGAUGUUUGCAAUCUAAAUAAAAACACUAAGGAAAGCAAUUAUUUGAGAGUAAUAGGUAAGUAGAUGUUUACCAAUAUUUAACUUCCACCAGCAAAGGAUGAUGUAGCGAGACAGAGGAAGCUUGCUCUAGUAAAUACAGAACUUCAGUGACUGAAAAUUGUACCAUGACUCUUAACAGGUUAGUGUGCCACUUAUCCUUCCAUGUGAGUGAAUCAAAACAGCAAUACUGUUUCUUGUUCCAUACGCAACACGCUGUGGGUUAUACAAAUGGAGGGAAAGGCAAACUGUAUUUUUUAAUCAGGAAUUUUAUGGCACAGAUCUUCUUGGUAAAAUAAAUGUGAAGGUAAAAAAUUUUCUUCCUGUGAAGAAAAUUUCUGCUGACCUUGACUGUUAAAAUGGAGAACAUAUGUGAUUAACUGAAUUUUAAUUUAAACUUGCCACCACAGAGGAGCGCUUCUGGCUCCUGUGUUUCUUAUGUAAUGAAAUGCUGCUUUGCUUUAUUUGUGUUCAAGUAUUUCACAGUACAGUUCUAACCACGUAUUAUCUUAAAAUUGUGGUAUUGCAGUACCAAUACUACAAUUUUUGACUUUUUCUUCUUUUAACAUGGGAGGCAAAAUUGCUAUAAUCGCUCUGUUUCUAUAGAAGCAGUACAAGUUGUUAUAAAAAUGACAUAAUCAGUCAUUUUUAGUUCAAAUGUUUUAUAGACAUCUACAUUUUCAAAGAAAAUUUUUUAAUGUGGUUUUUCCAGACACAUUUUAGAAUCCUAAUCUUUAAACAAACAAACCCAAAAAGUGUCUCCAGGACUACUGUAGUAUCUUGGCAAAUAUUAAAGGAGAAGAAUAGAUCAAACUGACAGAAAAUUAAUUGCUUUGGGAAACUUUCUAUUUUGGCAGUAUUAGGUUUACGCUUGGACUCGAUUAUCUUAAGGGUCUUUUCCAACCUAAAUGAUUCUAUGACUUCAGUGAAACCAGAAUUUCCCUCAAUAGUUUGGUAACUGGGCUACAACACGCAGUCCUUUAAAAUGAAUUCUUGGCACUAAUAAGGAUUUCCUCACUACUUUCAAUAUUGUGUGAAAUAAGGCAAAUUAACUUUUUUCCCCACGAUAGUUUUAUGAAGACAGAUUGUGAACUAGAGAAUAUUUGGAAACUUUUUGUUUCAUUUUUAAAUACGAGUGAACUGGUGAAAUCUUUCCAGAAUUGCUAUAUUUGUUUAGGAUUUGGUCAUGCCAUUCCUGGCAUGGGAACUCCCAUUGUUCAGUAUCAAUACGCUUUCUGGAGCAUGUGCAAGAUGGUGCUCUUAACAUGCAAAUGUUAACACAGUUGUGUUUACUGAAUCAUUGUGUCACAUCAAGCAUUGCUGCAACUGUGGGAAUUCCCGGCUGCAAUUGUUCAUGUCUCUUGCACCAGCAGGUAAUGCAAGGCUUUGAUUCCCAUGAGGGAUGCACACCACAUUGCAAGAGAGUGGUUUGGUGGAUUACAUUGGGAAUAAUGUGAAUACUUCUAUGUAAUGUCUAGAACAAGGAAAAUGUGGUUGCUUUAUGAUUAUCAUUCAGUUGGUAUUCAGUUAUUUUAUUUUGUAACUUGUGAUUAUAAAACUCAGAAAACACAAUGUAAUCAAACAAUAUGUAAAUGUGUGCAGGAUGUGACAGAAGUAGGUCUGAGGCACAGUUGCAGAGUGAUCACUUAAAAAUGGAUGUUUAAAUAGUGUAUAUACUUGCAACUUCUUUGAUAGUGCAUUUUAAUUCAUUUUGCAUUUCAUAUUCUUGUAGAGUGCAUCUUUCACACCUCUGAUUGUCUACUUGUACAAUAUUGCAUGAAGUCUUUUUUCAGGACUUCCAUUAUUGCUGGAGCUUCCAACAUACAUGUUUCUUUUGGAAAAUGUUCCUAGUGUUAUUUUUUUGUAAAUAGUUUUUUGUAUUAAAUUUGCAUGGAUAAAACCCACAUUUCCAAAACCAGUGUACAUACUAUGUGUAUAAAAUACAAACUGUUUCAUAA